UAGAUCCUCAGGUUUGGAGCAUUCAUUGCUAAGUUUUGAAUUUUAUAUAUAAAUGUUGAAAAAUUGCAGAGUAAGCAUGUGUGGGACAAAAACGUCACUGAACUUGGUUGCGUUUGCAUAGAGAAACUUUGAGUUAAUUGAUCAUGAUUUUUGGCUUUGAUUACUAUCAUCUGUACAUUCACGGGGUUGUGAGGGUCCUCUGCUGCGCUGUUGAAAAGUGUCAAACUACAACAAAACACAAAAUGGUGAAUGAGAUGAAGAUGCAGAAAAGCAGUGACAAGUAUGAGUCGUGCACUCAAUUAUUUCUCUUGUUAAGGCAGUCUGGUGUGAAGUGCUGUAUUCUGCUUCUGUGUUACACUGCUGUGCCAAAGUGUGAGUGAGUGGUGCUCAACUGACAAACUCAGCGAGGAUCAAUUUCUGCACGAUUGCAAUUUAGAGAGUCAUUUCAUGCAAUAAAUCACCUAUAAAGACACAAUUUGUUAUGUGCAGCUCUAUGUAACACUGGCUUACAGAGUACAAAGCUCAAAGUGUGAAUGGGCUGUGAAGGCUAUGCUAUAUUUCACAAGUAAGUAUUUAGUGACAGCUGUUUUAUUGGAGAAAAUAAGUGUGGUUAUUUUGCCGCAUAAGCUGCAGAAACUUAAAAGAUUCUUUUUUUCCACUAGUGGAUUUAAACUUACAGUUAUCUCCCUAGAUAUUCACAGUGGCACAAUUUUUGUACAUUUUUGGACCCGGUAUAGACAGCUCCAAUGAAAAGCAAACAAAUGCAGGUUUCACACAAGGAAUGAGCUCCAGAUCUUUUAUUUUUGUCAUGGAAUAAUGAGGGAACAGACAACACGUGGCACAUGAGCCUCUGAAAAUGGGGGAGAAUGUAUAAAAAUGGGUGUAAAUCCUGAACAGGUAAUGCACCACUUGUGUGUACAUUUUUUUUUUUUAAUCCUUGAGUUAAACCUGAGAGGAUAAUCUUAAAUUACAGCUUUACUGUUUGAUCUGUGGUUUACACAGGCAAAACUGUGUCACUGUCCACAUAUUUACUUAAAUAUUGAUCAAUGCCGUAUCUGUCACUGUGUACUGGCAUUUAUGUCAGUGUGUUUAAAGAAUUUUAUAUUGAAUAUUAAAAGGUUGUCACUGCCAGUCGCUGGUGUAAUUGUCCACAGUAGAGCUCUUAAUCUAUAACAAGGUCAUGUUCAAGUUAGAUUUCAGCUUGCUCUGUUUUCUCUAUUUCUCAGAAGAAUGGCAAACGUUGGCAUUUACUUAAUCCCAAUUGUCAUUAUCAUUUUUGAAUUAUAUAAGCUUUUUGAGGUCAGAAUAUGUGUUUGCAUCAGUGAGCAUGAGCUUUAAGCAAAAAAAAACAAAACAACUUUUAUUUUAUUCCUUUUUUUAAAUAGCAGAUUUUCUUUUAUGACAUAAUGACUUAAGGGGUAAGAGGUGGAAUCCUGCUCUGGAUGAGUCUUGCAGCCUUGGCUGGUACUAGGGUAUUCAUUCUGCAGCAAGCAGGGGUCAAGCAUUACCCUAGUUUGCUUGCAUGGAGUUCAUUAGCCACAGGGUAAACUAUAAAAUUGGGUCAUAGUUGAUAGGAUUUUCCCUUUCAUUUUCUCCCUUUGCCCAACCAGGCCUCACCCUGCAACUGUCCUGGUUAAGCUUGGUGGCUUCAUGUAAAAUUUAUACCAUAUUCUUUUUGUAAUAAAGAGUGCAUGUGUGUGGGCGUUGGGUGUAGGCGGUCGGCCACGUAAUAGACCGACGCGCUGAAUGGGUGGCUUUCUUACAGAGUAAAAAAGGCCUUCCAGUGAUAGAAAAACUUUAUUAUCUUUUAAGUAACUUAGUCACAUAGACCCAGUGUUUGUUUGAUACUUUAAACUUGAUUUGUACUUGAAAAACCUCUGUCUACAGUAUUUUACAGCAUCAAAUACAUACUGUAUGUGCAUGUAUAUAAGCCCUUUUCCAUAAAAGUUUUGUUUUGUAAAAUGUGAAUAAAAAAGAAUGAUUGCAAAGUGAUUUGCUUAUCAUCUAAACCUGGGUCGUGGCCCUGAGUACAACAUGUCUGUGUGGAUUUGCAGGGAGUUGUCUGUUUUCUGUCUAUGAAGUUUCACUUACUUGUAAAAUAAAUGCUAAGAAAGGUUAUUAUUAACAUCCUGCAUUGGACUGAAUGGAAAAUGAUUCGUCUUAUACUUGAGAGUAAAUAGUAGCAGUAAGCUGCAGGGCAGUGCAAAACGCAUUUAGUAAUGCACUAUUUGUUAAUGUGGUCAUGAUGCCAAAGAGCACAAAGUGGAGCAAGAGAAUAUCUUAUGCGCUAUUGUUAUAUUUGCAUUGUUCAUUGGCACCCGAUAUCAAAGUGUAAAAUGUGCUCGGAGUUUGGGUAGAAAUCUGUGUUCUUAUGUGCAGUUAUUCACAAGCUAAGCCAUUAUGCCACAUUGUUGUUAAUGUGCAAGUGUAGACAAGCAUAAUGCACAAAAGGCUCCAUCAUAUAAUCUAUAGUAAUUCUAAUCCCCCAGCACUGCGGCUCUGUAUUUGUGCUAGCACUUCUUUGUAUUUAUGAAUGAGAAUUCCUGCAUUAUUUUCAAUUUAAAAUAAAACUACACAGUGAAUGCAGCCCAUCGUGGGUGUGAUAUUGUUAUGAGUUUCCACAAAGCCUUUGUUGAGUGCCUAAACUAGCCUAGCAUGCUUCUGUUUUUGCAAACACAGCCAAUAUGAUACACGUAUCUGCAUGGCACAGGAUGAAAGUAUAUUUCCAGUUGGGAAGCCCUCACAUGGAAAAGCGCCCCUAAUGGAUAAGCCCCUACCAGGAGAGAAAUGUAGCUCUUUGAAGACAGUAAAGACAAAUCGGGUUCGAACAAGAAUACUCUCGGUUCAUUCGAGCUCAUCCACAUGCCCCAAACAAAUACAGACAUGGAACCUGGGAUUUAAAAAAUGUCUUCCCAGUGAAGGGCACGCCCGCUAAAAUUGAUGUCACUGAUUCUAAUGCAAAAUGCUCUUGAUGUGUUUAACCAUACAGUGUGUGCAUGCAUGCAUACUGUAUGUGUCGAAGCAUGUUUAGUGUAACUAUAGACAGUUUGUGUUUUCAGAAACACGUUAGUCAGUUGGCAUAAAUUCCUCGACUAUAACGAAUAAGAUUUUCAGCAGGUUGCUAUAUUAAUGCAGACUGAACCAGCACCUGCUGUAUAUUUAAGAACACACUUCUUUUUUUUCUUUACACAUUUCUGUUUGCAUUUGAUAUCCAUACCUUCCCUCAGCAUGGUACCCUCUCUCACUCUCUCUUUUUCUCUUUUGGUUUUCCCUCCCCCUAUCACACACUUUCUCUCCUCCCUCUGUGUUCCCUCCCUCUUCUCUUGCUCUCUCUCUCCCCCUCCCUCCGCACUUUCCCUCUGUUCUCUCCAGCAUCCUGCAAAAUAACCCCUUACCACCUCUCCGUCUGUCUGUGUAUGCACAGGAGUUUGUGUGUUGGUCCAGGUUCGGGUGAGUGUUUGUUUCACUGACCAGGUGAGUCUGCACGUGCUAGACGAGACGAAAGGUACUGAAGGAGAAGGAGUGAGAACAAGAAGAGAGUAGACAACAAGGAGGAGGGUGGGGGGCUGGAUAUGGCCAUGUGGAGGAUGUUUUGGCAUUCAAACUGUAGCUGACCUACGGGACUGCGCGUGUGGUGGAGAGUGUGUCCAUGUGUGUGUGUGAGAUGGGAUCCAUUCUGACCAGAAGACAAAGACAAUCAGCUGAAAAAAAGGAAAGAAAAGCUAAAGAAGCCAGGAAGGCCAGGCUCAAUAGUAAGGCAAACCUGAAGAAAUUCAUGGAGUAUGUGCAGCAGAGGAACAUUGAAAAGGUCUCAAGGUUCCUGGAAAAAGGCCUGGACCCUAACUUCCAUGAUCCAGACACAGGAGAAUGUCCUCUAACGCUAGCAGCACAGCUGGAGAGCUGUGCAGAGCUCAUCAAGGUGCUGAAAAGUGGAGGGGCACAUCUGGACUUCAGAACAAAAGAUGGGAUUACUGCUCUGCACAAGGCCGUGCGCAGCAAAAACCAUACAGCACUUAUAACGCUGUUGGACUUGGGUGCAUCUCCUGACUAUAAAGACAGCAGGGGGCUAACUCCUCUCUACCACAGUUCGAUGGUAGGAGGAGAUCCCUACUGCUGUGAGCUGCUGCUGCAUGAUCAUGCACAGGUCGGCUGUGUGGAUGAGAAUGGCUGGCAGGAGAUACACCAGGCAUGUCGCUAUGGCCAUGUGCAGCAUUUGGAACACCUGCUAUUCUAUGGAGCCGACAUGAGUGCUCAAAAUGCAUCUGGAAACACGGCUCUGCAUGUGUGUGCGCUCUACAACCAGGAGAGCUGUGCACGGGUUCUCCUGUUCCGGGGAGCCAAUAAAGAGAUAAAGAACUACAAUAGCCAGACUGCUUUUCAGGUGGCUAUUAUAGCUGGGAACUUUGACCUGGCAGAAAUCGUUAAGGUCCACAAAGCAUCAGAUGUUGUGCCUUUCAGGGAGACUCCCUCCUACACCAACCGUCGACGUGUGAUGCCUGGCCCCCUGCCUUCACCCCGUUCCUUACUUCGCUCUGCAAGCGACAACAACCUGAACGGGGACCACGAUCACAUCCAUGCUCAACCAACCAGAGAAGCCCGUGGCCGCCAGGGUCACUCCCCCGUCCCUUCACUACGCAGUCUGCCUGCUUUUGGGCAACAGCACAGCAGCCUUGGAGAAAGUCGUCAUGGAGAGAUCCCUGACAGCAGUCUCCAGAGUACUGGCAGCUCCAGAUCCUCCCAUUCCCGUUCACCGUCUCUACAUCACAUGCAUGAAGAUGACAAACCAGUUCCUAGACGGUCCCACAGCCACGGCUACCCUCAUGGGCAUGGCCCUCGUGGAAGACUCAGCCCUGGCUCUGUGCAGAGAGACCCAAGCCCACCUCAUCACACGCCUCCAGCACUGUCAGGCUCCCGCGGGCCCAAACGGAAACUCUACAGUGCCGUCCCAGGACGUACCUUCAUUGUGGUCAAGCCCUACACACCACAGGGGGAAGGAGAGAUCCAACUCAACCGUGGAGAACGGGUCAAAGACUAUGACUGUAAUGACGUAGAAGUGCUCAGCAUUGGGGAAGGAGGUUUCUGGGAAGGCACAGUCAAAGGGAGGACAGGAUGGUUCCCAGCAGACUGUGUGGAAGAAGUGCAGAUGAGACAAUACGAUCCACGACUAGAGACACGGGAGGACCGCACUAAGAGACUGUUCAGACACUACACUGUGGGAUCUUACGACAACUUCACCUCAUACAGUGACUAUAUCAUAGAGGAGAAGAAUGCUGUUUUACAGAAGAAAGAAAAUGAGGGGUUUGGCUUUGUCCUGCGGGGAGCCAAAGCUGAGACGCCCAUUGAGGAGUUCACUCCCACCCCGGCGUUCCCUGCCCUUCAGUAUCUGGAGUCUGUUGACGUGGAAGGAGUGGCCUGGAGGGCCGGUCUAAGGACAGGGGACUUCCUCAUUGAGGUAAAUGGGGUGAAUGUUGUGAAGGUGGGUCAUAAGCAGGUGGUAUCCUUGAUCCGCCAAGGGGGCAACAGACUGCUGAUGAAGGUGGUUUCAGUCACUCGCAAACCAGAGACUGAGGAAGUUGUUCGCAAGAAAGCGCCGCCACCACCCAAGAGAGCUCCCAGCACCACCCUGACACUGCGCUCUAAGUCCAUGACCGCUGAGCUGGAGGAACUAGCUUCUGCUCGGAGGAGAAGAGGAGAAAGACUAGAUGAGAUGUUGGCAUCACAGGAGUCUAUGUUGCGUUCUCAGCCCUCUGAGGCAGAUUACAGAGCAGCCACUGUCAAACAACGGCCCACCAGCAGGAGAAUAACCCCAGCAGAGAUCAGUUCACUGUUUGAGAGACAAGGGAUGACUCUACAUGGAGGUCUCCAUCCAGGGAUUGAGAGAGGUCACAUACAACUACCAAAGGGCAUGUCCAGGACCAAAUCUUUUGGUGCCACUGAGGAGGAUCGGCUGUCUGCUCUUGUAGGCGAGCACCGAUUUCCCCGCAGUUCCUCUAUGACAGACAGCCUCCGAGACCACUCACAACCCCACCCUAUCCCUCCCCCUCCACAAACGGCACCUCCUCCUCCUCCUUACUAUCUAGACACUGGUCCUCCCCCAGCUUUCUGCCCCCCUCCACCUCCAUCGAGAACACAGAGUCAGGGCCAUGAGCCUGCAGGACGUUCGAGUUUCAAGCCGUCCUCCUUGGACCUGCCUUACGAGGCCGCUCAGCGGCAGGCCACACACAUUGAGAGACAGAAGAAAGCACGCUCCAUGAUCAUUCUGCAGGAUUCUUCUCAUUUACCUGUUGAACCUACAGAAAUUCCACGUCCUUCUGCUGCUACUCCACCUGAGCGAAUCAAAAGGAAAGGUCGGGUUAUUGACAACCCUUACGCAAACGUGGGUCAGUUUAGCAUUGGACUGUACACACCUACCAAGCCCCAAAGAAAGAAGAGUCCUCUGGUGAAACAGCUACAGGUGGAAGAUGCACAAGAAAAAGCUAGUUUGGCCUUAGCUGCUGCCCACUCGCGAGAGAGCUCACCCUCAGGACGACACCCACUUACCUACGGGCACACACACACCAGCCGUGCAGACUACUACCAGCAGCAGCUGAUGGCUGAGCGAGAGCGUAUGCGUGUUCAAGGAGAGAUGAUGUUUCAGGGCAAAGGCCCCUUUGCCGCUGCAAUUGCUGGAGCUGUGAAGGAUCGUGAGCGUCGCCUAGAAGAACGGAGGAAAUCCACUGUCUUCCUUUCUGUUGGGACCAUGGAGGGGGCAUCUACCACCAGCUCUGAUUCCCCCUCUCUGACUCAGUCUCACUCCAUCGAUGAACGGAUGCUGACACGAGAGCUGGGACAGCUGCCUCCCCCUGCCUUGGCUCUGAGCCCCUCACCUAGUGGGACCACCUUUAUCCAUCCACUUACAGGAAAGCCUCUGGACCCCAAUUCACCACUGGCUCUUGCGCUGGCCGCAAGGGAGAGGGCACUGACCUCCCAGAGCCAGUCCCCUACUAGUAGCCCAGAGCCUCGGACUAAACAAGAGCAAUUAGGCCAGGGUGUAAUAUUCAUUGACACUCAGACCAAAGAGUCUCCACAUGGGGAAGGGGCAGCUACAUCUCCCCCUUUUUCACCUAAAAGCGCCAAGGUAGCGGGUUUCGGGGUUGGAUCCUCCGCAGCAUCAAUUUUAUCCCCGCAGCCCACUAAGCCACAGUGGGCUGCAUCUUCGUCACCUGUAUCAUUCCGGCAGGAGAUGGAGGCCAGGAUAGAGGAAAGGAAGGAAGAGAAGAGGUUAGAGGAUAAAAAGAGUAUGUUGAUCAGUAUUAUGGAUACAUCACAGCAGAAGACAGCAGGGCUAAUCAUGGUCCAUGCCACCAGUAAUGGGCAGGCUGUUGGAGUGGAUUCAGAACAAGAGCAGACACCUGCCCCAGCCUCCAUGGAGCCCAGCAAAUCACCAAGUCCACGCGCUAAAUCCCCCAGUCCCAGUGUCGCCCAGCCCCAGACCCAGCUCCAAGCUCAGCGUUCUGCCAGUCCAGUCCAAGAGAAGGGUCUGGCUCAGGGAAGCUCAGAGGAGGAUGUGGAUCCGUACACAGUAACCCUUCCCCCUGCCAUGUUAUCCUCCAGCGAUGAGGAAACACGAGAGGAGCUACGUAAGAUUGGAGUUGUUCCGCCACCAGAUGAGUUUGCUAAUGGGCUACUGGCACAGGCACAAGGGGUGCCAGUGUCUCCAGCUAAGCCUGCUGUGUCUCCCGCCACCCCUGCAACACCAAUGCCACAAACACCCUCAACCCUAGCAACGCCAGCUGUGACCCCCACUCAGCCUGCUCAACCCCUGCCUCCACCCAGUGCAGCAGCUGUCUCAGGGAAGCCCUCUGACCCUCUGGAGCCCCCACCGGUGGGUGAGUCUGGCUCAGCGGCUGACUCAGGCGUGGAAGAAGCUGACACACGCAGCUCCAGCGAGAGAGAGCGAGACCACCAUCUCGAGACCACCAGCACCGUCUCCACGGUUUCCAGCAUGUCCACAUUGUCCUCAGAAAGCGGCGAGCCUGCCGACACACACACCACGCACACCUCCUAUGCCGACGGGCAGACAUUUGUGCUCGACAAGCCGCCAGUGCCUCCUAAGCCCCGACUAAAAUCCCAGAUAGGAGGCAGUAAAGGCCCCGUCACUUUCAGGGACCCUCUGCUGAAGCAGAGCUCUGACAGCGAGCUGCUAUCACAGCAACAGGCUGCUGCCCUGGCUGCUGCUGCAGCUGGAGGAGCUGGACUCCCCCCAGGUGGUUCAGCCUCAGUUACUGGUCUAGCCCCCACCAAGCCACGCUACCUCUUCCAGAGGAGGUCCAAGCUAUGGGGAGACCCAGUGGAGCCCCGUGGCCCAGGAGUGGGGCUAGGUAUUGGGAGUUUGGGAAAUCUUGGUGGGCUGGGACUGGGGCUGGGUGCAGAUGAGGGAGCAAAACCAUCUGUUAUGGGAGAGCUCAGUUCACGACUACAGCAGCUAAAUAAAGACACCAGAUCACUAGGAGAGGAACCUCUGGGAGCAUCACUUGAUCCAGGAAGGAAGUCACCUGUGGCAGGUGCCAGACUUUUCAGCAGCCUAGGUGAGCUCCACACCAUCUCUCAAAGAAGUUAUGGAACCACAUACACCAUCCGCCCUGGCAGUCGCUACCCCAUCACCCGACGCACCCCUAGUCCAGGCUCACCUGAUCGGGGCGACCCUCUUGGACGAUUCUCAGGCUACGGCCUACCAACCUCACCAACCACACCGCCACAAACUAUCCUCAAAUCUUCGAGCCUCAGCCUACCCCAGGAGCCAAAGGAGGUCCGCUUUGUAAUGAGGAGCUCCAGCGCCCGUUCCCGCUCUCGCUCUCCGUCCCCGUCACCUUCCCAUUCACCUGGGUUAGGUUCACCACUUUUAGCUCUACGACCCUUUCACCAAAAACCCCUCCACCUCUGGAACAAGUAUGAUGUUGGAGACUGGUUGGAGAGCAUCAACCUGGGGGAGCACAGAGCAGGGUUUCAGGAACAUGAGAUCGAAGGUUCUCACCUCCCUGCUCUAACCAAGGAUGACUUUGCAGAGCUGGGAGUGACACGAGUCGGACACCGCAUGAACAUUGAGCGAGCACUGAAACAGCUGCUGGAGAGCUGACCCCUGCCCUGAGACACAGCCACAGAUGGAGAUCGGUGAAGACAGACAGAAGAUUCGGGGGUUAAGGAAAAUAAGCGAUGCGAUAGGGGCCGCUCCUCUUUUACUCCGGCUGCUUUUAUGUUCGGCAUCACAAAUGUUGACCUGCAGCUCUUAGGCACACUCUGUUUCCAUUCUGCAUUAACACCCUGCACAUGGCAAUGCACUGAAGAGGAGUCGUCGAUACAUUCAUUUUUCUUCUUGCCCACCACCCUGCUUUUGUGGCCAAUUAAAUCAGGCCCAAAAUGAUAUUUGGCGUUUUUAUUUAUUUAUUUUUUGCUAAGACGAGCCAGACGAGCUCCAAUUAGAACAUUUGAUUUGUGAAAGGUUCACUUGUUUCCUUAGUAACAUCCCCACUUUCUCGCUCCCUCCUCUCCUUUCUACCUCCCCUCCCAAAUAACCCCCCAGGUCCCUCUAUUAGGCUGCUGAAAGCCUUCUUGCAGUUCGAGUAAAGGAGGAGGAGGAGGAGGCAGAAUUUUUUGUUCCACACAGAAAGCUCAGUUGCCUUUCAAAAAUAUUUAUACAGAGAUCAACAGCAAUGAACACAGUGCUACGGACACACAGCCCUGAAAAAGGUGUGUCUUCUGUAUACGUGCUGUUUUUAAACCGAAGACUUUAGAGCCCAGAGUCGGAGCUCCACAAAGUAAACCGUGGGAGAAAACCCCCUCUGCCUUGGUACCCAGACUGUGCUAUCUAUUAUAUUUGGAGAAUGUUUAACCAACACUCGUGGCUUUUUUUCAUAAUCAGUUUCUUUUUUUGGUUUUCCAAAGGGAAUAUUAUAUAUAGGUAUUAUAUAAUAUAUACAUAUAUAUAUAUGUAUUUAAAUAUAGCUUUCAGGAGAAAAGACAAUGUUGCAAAGAGGAAAUAUAAUAAAUUAAUCUGCACCUGUUUUUUUGGUUUUUAGUAUAGAAGGCAGAGAGAAAUCUUUAAAUCUAUUCCACUAAUAGUUUACUCAUUUCUACCAAUUAUAUACAUACUUAUAUAUAUACGUACAUAUAUAUAAGUAUUCUAUAUAUAUAUAUAUAUAUUUGAAAGGAAAAAGUAUAUAAAUAUGGAAAUGAAGUUUUUGUCAUAGGUAUCCAACUUUCCUUAUGGUCACUCCUUUUUUGAACCGUAGCAUGACGAGUUGCUUCAUGUUUUUGACAAAGAGUUUGUUGUUUGUUUUUAUUUUCUUACGGUCUUCCUUCAUACUAAAGGGCAUCCCGUAAUGUGAGGCUGAGACCCCAGUUGACACCCAUCCCUACUGCUUCAGCAACAGAUCCCGCUGUCUGUGUAUCCACAAUAACACAUCAAGGGCACCGGCCACCUAUGUGCAAGCUGACUGGCUUUAAAGGGGCUCUUCAUCUUAUGCCUGUUUAUCACUCAGGGAUGGAAGUUUGGGGCACCAGCAUGAAGAGGUUGCUUGCUGUUUUACUACUAGAAAUUGAAUUUUUCUUACACUUCAACAGUUAAACACCACCAUAGUCUGUUAGAGAGCUAGUAAAGAUUCCAUCCCUGUCCCCGAUAGUGUUACUUAGACCAGUUUGCACAAGGUCUGGUAUCAAUUUCCAAGCAUGGAAACCUGGAGAAACAAGCUUUAACUGUUCAAAUAAUUUAAAAAAAAAAGCUAAUAAUUGUGUUCCUUUACCUGUAUAACCAAUAAAAACUUGCCAUACAAGCUUAAAUGAG